AUGGAGGCUGAGAAGGAAAUGGAUCAGACGAAACUCAGUACCAUCGAUGAAGCGCAAACGCUGUACUUGCGAAACUUAGACUACCUCAACAUUAAGGCACUGGUCUCACAUAGAGAUAGAGACUGAUUGGAUUAGAAUUAGUGGCAUUCCAAGUGUGAUCUCAAGGGGCAUGAUAAGCGGCAUCUCGAGUGUCAUUUCAUCAGUUUUCCUUGUUUUGCUUAAAGGUUCUUCCUUUCAGGGUUCUGCUUUUCAUCUUCAGUUGAUGUCCAAGUCCGGAAGCGUCAGUCUUUAAAAAAUGAAUUGUAGAUGAAAAUACAAACUCUAAGAACGGCUUCACUCGCAGGAAUGAGCUGCGUACGCCAGUGGAGAAGCUGCUGCGGCAAUUGUACACCAGUUGCUUACUUUCGUAGUACAUCGUUCGCGUUGGCUGAUGAUUUGAAGAGUUGCUUUUCAGUAAUUAAUGUAUCUCAGAGGUGAACUCCUGAACUGUCAGAAGACAAACAAAAAAUGCUUGCGCCUCGGUAUUGAGCUAGUCCUUUUGUUUGUCUUCGGGGAAAUGUUGCCCACUUUGUUAACUUAAAUAGAGCGAACUGAAUUUUUUGCGGACUGAUGCUAGAAGUACCGGCCCAAUACUAGCUAAUAGUACAUGAACUAGCGCCACCAGUAUCGCCCGCGCUGGCAUGAGUAGUAGUAAUACUACCACCUCCCUGGCGUUCGACUGCGCCGCCACCACCUCGCCGCCACCACCACCACCACCAUCUUCAUCACCACCGCCACCACCUUCGUCACCCAAUAAAUAUGUAUGCCACCCUCACCACCACCACCACCACCACCACCACCACCACCACCUUCAUCCAUAAAAGUGCGCGUAAAAGAUUUAAAUAAAGGAAGCUCCAGCUGGUUCUUGUUGACGCAGAUACUCGCCAUUCUUUUUGCAUUAGCCUUGCUUUCCCGACGUCUUCGCCUCGAAAAAUUUUGUCGCUGACUCUUACUGUAAUACACAGUUUACUGCAAUCUUCAAGCUUGCAAAUACUAAUAUAUAACCUGCUUGGUCUUCUGAUUGAUCGUUAGGUGACUAGCCUCUGGUCUUUUGCUAUGGAUGAUCUUUUGUGGGCUAGGUCAGCGGGAACACAGUCGUGCUCGCACAGUCCAGAGUUGGCCCUGGGUCUGUUUGUUCCUCCGUUAUCCAGCACCGCCGCUCGUUAGACGGCCGCAUAUUAUUGAUUGAUUGAUUGAUUUCUUAAUUCAGACCUAAUCGAAAAGCUCUGGCGUGGGCUUGCACAAUGUGGGGCUAUGACACGAAGCAGCCUGCAGAGUCUGACUUCAACAAAAAGGCUCUUGCUGAGCACAGAAGGAGGGAGAAGAACAGCGAUUCAAAAAGAGGCUCACCGAGAAGGCGUUCACGUACGCGCAGCAAUGCACCAGGUACUGCUUAUACACAAGGAAUUGUUGAAUUUUUUUGAAUACAUGUCGAAGAACAAGACAACUAAGUAACUAAUCAAGAACAGAGCUUUCUGUGGUACCUAUACUUUUUGCUGUACUUCUGUUUUCUCCUUCUAGUAUUCAAAUUCUAGAGGGAGACGCAGGACAGUUGACUCCAAAGUCGUCGACGACUAGGCAGCGGCUUUACAAUUUUUGUCGCCGAAAAUGACGAAUCGAUCCCUGCUGUAGAGGGCAGUGGCCCAAACGUUUUACUUAAGUACACUACUCUGCUGCUUCGGCAAUCGAUGCGUUCAGUUUUGGCGACAGUUUUUGGCGCGCGCAGGAAGUAGGGCUCCGUGUAAACCGAUGCUCUUGUGAGGCGAUUCAUCUCCUCUACACAACUGGCGUCGGCACACGUGAACAAACAAUUUCAUUUUUCUGAGUGUGUGAGAAGUGAUCAAAGUUGAUUAUUCGGAUCAUGCACAGUCAAAGUAAGCAUUCAGCAAAAUCAUGACUACCAUUUUCUAGUUAGGCCUGCUCCACCAACACUAUGAUAAUGUACUCAACAAUGAGCUUCUCAUUGAUAUGAACAAUUUUCAGAGAGCUACAACAAGCGGGACCAACCAAUUGUUGGCGGAACCAGUUCUAGCAGCACGGACGGGCAUGCCAAUUCAAUCAGCCUGGAUGGCUCGACUACGUGCACCCCCAAACUUGCGACGGACGCCGUGAAGGCAACCACAGAAAAAAAUAUUUCGCUGGCACAAGACCUGCUUGUCAAGUACAUUUUUACUAUAGUUUUUUGUUGUUUUUGCUUUAUCUUUUCUUGUAUGACAUAUGAUUCGUUGGCCUUGGCUCAAGCGGUCGUGUCUCGAUGAUCGAUCCUCCUCCAACACUGAAUUAUAAUCUCUCUCUCUCCAGGAUUGAUUGGAAAAAAAAGGACGUGGAUCCUAGAUCGAGGCGGAAGGAAAGUAAAGAGCAGAGGUAUCUAUUUCCAAAUAAGUACAGAGAGAAAGAGAUAGUAAAUUCAGAAGAUGCAGAAGUAGAUCAGAUUCCUAAGUCCAGAUAGAUCUAUUUGAGUUGUAGAGAUAAUAAACGGCCGCCCUUGAAGAUUAGAAGGACGCCUACGAUCUAAGUCUGAUACUGAUUCAUCCCAUAACGCACUAGGGUGAAUAGUUCCGCGCCCGUCUCUGUGCCGCAUUGUUUGGAGACUAGCUUCUCUCGCUAGAGCUGGUAGAGACUGGCCACCGGAGCCGCAUGACGAUGAUAUUAGUGAUGAUGAUGCUCGUCCUCCGAGGGGGUGCGUUUCUUUCGGGUCUUGUGGGGUCAUGAGGAACGCCGGCGGCCGUAAGGGGCGGGCGUGGGGGGGCGCAAAGACCACGGGGCGUCAAGGUGCAAAGGAGGGCCUCGAGCAUGUAACGUGAUGCAUUGGUGGAUACUGUCGAAGAGAUUCAAGCACUUGUGAGUUCUCCUCUGCUUCAAAGCUUAUUAUACUUGCUCACGAUCUACUCCAUCUCGCCCUAUUUAGUCGCUGAAGUCUUCUGCUGUUUGGUAAAAGAACUCUUUUUUUUUCUCAAUCUCACCGCAAAGGUCUCGAAGCCGCGCGCGCUCGAGGUCGUCGCGAGCCAGAAAAGGCCCUCUUCGCGGUCGUGGCAGAUCGCGUUCCUCGUCCGACUCGUCCCCGCCGAAAAGCAGUCAAGCAGCUACGAGGAACAGGAAUACCUACUUGAUCUUCUCUCUAAAAAACGAGUGCAGCUUGUUAGUUGCUGUUUUUGUGAUUCUCGUGUGAGUAGACUAGAUGGACUAGUUCUAGAUAUGCUACGGCCAUCAGAAUGGGUUGUUGUUGUUAUCUAGAACGUCGGCAACAACAGCUCUGGUUGAACCUGGCAUUUGCCUUGGCCUCUGGUCGGUAGCAUUGUCAGACCCCAACUCUACGGUUGUCACGAGUGGCAGCACUAUGGGCACACAUGACACAUGGACGCAGGUCCACGGGCUCUGCCGUAGUUCAACCCCUGGGCAACGUGAGAACUGCCGCGCAAGGCGCAAGCCGGUUGCCCCCCAAGCCUGCCCCCCCGUCCCUGCUCUUUUUUGCGCCUUUUCUUUUGUGUCCUCGCGCUGCGCGCUCCUCGCGCCUUUUACGCGCCUGGACGCUACGUUGCAGUGUUUCCGAUUGGGUGAGUGCGUCCGCACGCCCGUGUCCGGUUCUGUUGGAGCAUCAUCGGGCCCAGCAGCGGACGCGCUGAAAGAGGCACACAGCGUCACUCCCAAGUGGCGUCUGCCGAUUCUGAGCUUAAGGCCACACGUGAUGCCAUCGGGCUCAGAACGGCGUCGAAAGUUGUAGAAAAAUGCAAAAUUUAUAAGUUUGGUGCAAAUUUUGAACGCAGAAAGCGGAUCCCAAAUGAGAACCCAAAGUCAAGGCGCUUGACUUCCUCAGAAUAGCCUUCUUAGUAAGAUGAUUGCUGUACGUUAUUUUUUGCUUGUUUUUUGUUUGCAGACGGGGGGGGCCCAUGGUGCAUAGUGUGAUCCAUCGCUGAGACAGAGCCUAGGCACUCUGGACUUGUAAAUAAUUAUUCUACAGCUGAUAAUCAUACAUUAGUUAGGUCGUUUCCCCGGGGAUAUUAUGCUGUGAUAGGCGUGACCGUGAGGGUGAGAAUCGGAAAGGAGCCAAAUCUAAGAAUUCCAAGAGUGGGUCGAAUACCAAAGGCGGUUCUUCAGCGGCCACCAGUUCUGGUAAAGACACGGCCUUGACUGCCGUAGCUCAGAGUAAGGGAAGCGUGACUGGCAAGGGAAUGGGCAUUCCACACGCUACCUCCAUAAGCGGUGCUGCUGGAUUUUCCAAAAAAGUUGAGUCGCCACGCAUUACGGCUACCUUUUCAUUAAGUACAUUAUCUUUUUAACUAGAGAAAUUGCACUGGUUGGUCAAUUAUGGGUUGUUAUUCAUUGUAAUUGUUUGAUGUGCUUUUAUUUGGAGAUAUUAUAUUUCUCUACAACCGCCCUCCCCAGAGUGUAGGCAGCACGUGGCUUCCCUUGAAGUUCGCGGUGUCUGACGUAUGAAGUAUAGACAAUAAUAACCACUCCGGUUUUACGUCCUCUAAGGAUGGAAGAAGCCGGUCUCGAUCGCGUGGUUCGCCGCGUCGGCGACGCCCUAUCGGCAAGUCAAUGGCACCGUCUCGUCUCGGGGCUGCCGCGUCGCUGCGCAAUACAAAUACUGCUGUUUUUGACCCCGCUGCAGCACCCCGAGUUGAACGCAGGAGCAGCAGAGAAUCAGCAGAGAUGAAUCGAGACGAAGGUAGUUACGGGUUGGCAGGUGACUUGUCUAUGAGCAUAGCCAUGACCUUUUCAAGGAGGAAGGUCAUGGAUAUGCAAGCUAGAGCGGUCAACUUGCAACCCCUAAGAAGAUAGCAGGGGGGCCGAUGGAGGGUCAAAGCGACGCCGCACUGAAACUGAUCAUGACCGUGGUGAUGUUGAUACUGCGAAUAAUAGAACUACGAGAGAGAGAUCCACUCCGCGCGCGCUACCGCCUCAUCUUGCGUCUCUUGUGCGCAACUGUGAGAAAUCAGCAGGCGAGGUCCAAAAUAGAGGACGCGGCUCACAACGCACCAACACAAAUCCAAAUGGUCCUGUUGAACAAGUACUAGAGUCACGAAGCGUUGAUCCGCAACACGAUCACCGCGUGGAGACCCCUCGUAGUAAUCAGCCGCAACUUGAUCUUCCAAGAGUUCCUCCUGAAAAUUCUCACAUUCGCAAUGAUCAUCAGCACAAUCUCAACAACCACAACCACAGCUUGCAUCACCAGAAUAAGUAUCUUCCUCGUGGUCAUGAUCUUCAUAGCGCUGAUACAUCCAACAUUGGAGGACUUGGUCGACAAGGUGGACAACCGAAUGAUCAUGGUCCACCAGUGGCUCCACUUGGAGCAGUAGGUGCUAGGCAGUCGUCUAGAGAGCGAUCUAGAGCAGCGCAGCUGCAACAUCAACAACAUCCUCAAAAUACAAGUAUGAUGGAACAAGCGGGGGAAAGAGAUAUUCAUCUCAGCAGGAAUGUUGAUCGAGAUGGCAGAGGAGCUCAGGAUCAUUUUGACCAUUUAAUGCGUCGAGACGAGCGCGGACCAGCACCGCGCGAUCAUCCUGGCCAUUUAAUGCGUCGAGACGAGCGCGGACCAGCACCGCGCUCUCCCGGUGUGCAUUCAUUCGGCGCAUCUGCAAAUACGAAUAGUAUGGCCUCGAGUGCACUACAUCAUCUUCCUCGCAAUGCCAAUGUCCAUCAGGACCACGGAAGUAGAGACUUUCCACAAACUAUGGAGGAGCGCCGUCGUGAAACGAUCGCAGAGGUGGAUCGCCGGUCGCUGCCGGAUUCUCAGCAUGAAUUUUAAGCCUCCAAAAAUUUCAUCCACAUCAUACUACGCCACAGGAGUGCGUGGUGAAAGAACUCUUCACGUCCACGUGGGUUGAAGAUGGUGAAUACUCUACUCAAUAACUACAUUUUUUUAUCCAUAUUUUAUUGAUAAUACAACAAUACUGUAGUUGGUCACUAAGAAGUUCCCUGCUUUUCUGUUGCGGUUCACGUACCUCAAGUAGUGCAUACUGUUAUUUAGAAUACUGAGGUGGUCCUCUCGCAGCUGAAGUCUUGGUGAUAAAAGUCAGAGACGAGAAAAAAAGAAUCCACAGAGAAAGAGGCUCUGUGAGAGGGGAGCGUCUUUGUAUUAGAAUAAGUACAUAAUAGAAUAAUACCACGGGACAUCCUGUAUUAGAAUAAGUACAUGUUAGGUGGAAGGACUCUUUCUGCGCUAAAAAGGGGACUCUAUCACCUUGCCUGAGGACACGGUUGACAAAAUCCGAACCAAAGUGCGCACGUUCGUGGCUUUAGGGCAAAUAUCCGCCGAGAACGCACAGGAAACAUUCAAAAUGUUGCUGGAUGAAAUCAGAAAGAAGAGACUCGAAGAACAAAGAAGAUUUUUGCAGCGAGCUGAAGCGAAUCCUGCUACAGGAGGAGGACCGCCAAGCGCUGAUCUAUCCUUAAGGACAAAAGGAGACAUUGACGUUCAUGAUAGCUUUGUAGUUCGUUGGAAGUUCUAAUUAUAGUAUACUUAGAACAAGUACUUAAGUGCCUAUGGAACCAAAAUCUCUUAUCAUUAUCGUACUUUUCUACUUAAGAAAUUUGAUAAUGAUAACAGAUUUUCGUUUCAUAGUGCCCUAACCUGAUUAUAGUACAAGUACUUACCCUUCUUGCACUAUUAGUCGUUCCCGUUCGGCUUGACUUGAUUUCGUCUCAACAUUCGCACGGGAGCUUGGUAUCGAUGGUCCAUGAGACCUUGUGGUACCAGGACCAGCAGUGCUCGUACAUUUCUUCACAUUUUCAAUCUUCCUUUUUCUAAGAUCUAGGACGCCUCUCGACAGGCAUGAGGAGCUACGAGGAGUGCGGGAGCAACUACAUCAGAGAGAGCCUCACCCCCGUCACCCGAUGAACCAGCACGUGGAGAGAUCCCCUGGCAUUAAGACGAGUUUUUCAUCUUCCUAAUCCUGGCAAUGUGGUGGAACUGGGAAGUCUGCUUGAGUUUUUCUUUUUCGUCAUGAACUAGAGGUUGCUGUUAGUCGUGAUCAUGUAAAAUGUUUACUUAUGUAACAGACAUGUUUAUAAGUGAUUAAAAGGGCGGCAGCAUAUAGUCCUAACUCAAAAAAAAACCUACGGUCAUCAGGCAAGGUGAUAUCUUCAGGGAAACACACAUGACAUCGUCGUGUAGUUCUUAUCCACAUUCUACAGCAGUUUUACUUGAGCCCUGACCACAUCCCUCAAACUCAUCGGGUUAACCUUUUACCUCUAAAAACACUCGUCCCCUCGUGCCUCCAUAUCUUUCCCCUUUGUGUGCGUUUAAUGAUUAGGACUGACAGUAGCAGGGGUGAUUGCAUUAGCUUUGCUUCGAUCUAGAAUCCUAACAUAUUAAUUAUUCAUCGUGCCUUGUUAUUUGAACGAAGCAUCACCUUGAGCAAUAGACGAAGGUCCAGGUUUUAUCCUGUUCCUUUGCCAAGGAGCACCUCGCUCCCUGGGAGGUGGGAAGGAAAUCCAUCCUUGGAUUUCAGGAAAGAAGCUGUCAGAGCACUGACAGUUUACUUACUCAAGACGAGAAUGAGAAGAUUAUCUUCUAUCUCUAAUGGCAGCAUCAAUAAUGGAGCACCACGCAGGACACAGCCACGGCCGUCCAUGAUGAGGGGAAUCGGCAUGGAGGAUCCUGGUUUGAUGCGAAAUUUACGCAAGAAGGAGGCUCUGAUAUUAUAAUAACAAGAUUGAUAAUGGUAAUCCAUUGCUGUGAGCGACUAUAGAUAGGUGUAGUACAGCUGCAGGUUGGAAAAAUGGGGAACAGGAACUCGUCUAGACUUCAGAUACCAUGGGAAGACUUUUUUUACCUCGUCUAACGUGAAAUGGUUCGUUUCCUUUAUGUGCGAGGGGACUUGCUACUGGGCUAUCGCCUCGUCGCCGCGAGUCGGCUGCGAGACGCUACAUCUCUGAUGCGCGACUACCUGCAAGAACGCGUGAGCAAGUUAUGCGAUAUGUCGUGUGCUUGUAAAUAUUUAAAGUAAAAUAAAUUUAGUUGUUCAUUGUUUAAUGGCACAAUAUGGCUGACCCUAGACUAUGUAUGAUAGGGGCAAAUCCGAGUCUCACAAAUUUUUUUGCAGAGCUCAGCAGGGGCGCUGUUUACUUCUACAGUACAGCACAACUUGAAAGUAGCUCAAUGAUUGUACACCUCGACCGCGUAAGUAGUUAGUUCUUUACUCAUUCAGGAUAUGAUAACUUUCAUGAGACCAUCCACUUCAAGAACUCUAUCGUCUUUCUAUUCAGGAGAUGAGGAGUAGAAGUAGGGCAUUCAUCGUUUCAGGAACCGUUUUGCCUUGAUGAUGGUAGAUAACGACCAUCUAAGACAUAUAAUGAUGAUAAGCAUUCCUGAUUUACACUUCUAAACAAGAGGUCAUGCUGGAGAAUUCUCGUGUGAGAGGCAUUCCGUUUCAGGAACCUCCUUUGGCUUCUGCCGUGAAUAAUACGCGUCCGCAAGAGCCAGAGCUUUCUAGCGGGCAAUAUUUAUGAACUUCGUGGUCGUAAAUAAGUUGGCAUCUCGAAAAUUAAAGUUGUUACUAUGAUGUGUUCUUCUUUAUGAAGCAGGUACAAGGUCGUUGAACGGCCUCAAUUUCGUUAGAUAGGAGGGGUGCAGAGGUAUUAUGACGUGACAGGUAGUGGAAAACCAAGUAAUAUUUAUGGAUACGAGAUAUGGUCGUGAGUUACAUAGUUGGUUUUGGCUGUCAUUCUACUGGCAAGUCUAUCCCUUGUUGUCCUUAUAAUUGAUCGCAGGAAUCUAGUCCGCUCAUCAUAUUUAAGGGUGCAACUCAUUCUCAUUAUCACGGCGGGGAAAACACAGUACUAUCAACUCUAAGAAGUCUUCGACGUCAACAACAACACGCACCACAGCGAGAAAAAGAGCCGAGUCAUCUGGUGAACCAUCAGGGUUCUGCUCCUCAGGCGACGAAUCAACAAGCAGAGCAAGCAGCAGCCGUCGACCCUCAAAGUAAACAACACAUAGAGAAGUUACUAUUAUGAUCGGUGUUUCUUGAAAUUGGAAUAAAACAAUGCAUCUUAUUGAAAAUAAGUAGAGGUCUUGCCAAGCAACUACUACGUCAGGAACAAGAAGAAACAGGAAACAAGUGAAGUAGUUAACUACCCCGCGACGGGGAUGGGGUUAGCUCCUACCACCACUAGGUAGAAAGUAGUUGUACCGUUUUCUUGGUUCUUUCCGCAAACCAUUUUUCCUGCUCACAAGAUCAGCAAGAUGAGUACCACAGGAGUAAUUUUUCUCCACCUAAGGGUUUCCAGAUAACGGAUAAUUUUGUUCCUUAUGGAGAUAUGUUAUAAGUUGUUAUGACCAUUUCUAAUAUUGCAAGAGACGCGUGCUAAACUCACACACCUGAAGCGGGAGGAAGCGAAAAUCAAAGAGGAAAAAGAACGUGAAGAACGGCAGACAGCGCGAGAAGCUCGUAAUAUGUCUGCGGCACCGAGUAGGGGCGGGCGAGACCGAGAUCCACAUCGAAUUAAGGCGCAUCAAUACAAUUGAUUCCUAUCUUCUGCAAUUCAUUUCUCCCUGUUUCGUUCCUUCUCAGGAUGGGGAGAAGUGCAGGCAAGAAAUGAACUGUGUUUUGAGGGCUAAUAGAAGCAGAGACACGAGAGGCGUGUCCCGUGCACGAGCGCAGAGCAGUGCGAGGAGCUAUCGAGGGAGCUACCGGUGAACGCGGUCCGGUGAACUAUGUCCGUAGGGAUAGGAAUAGACUGAGGACAAGCAGAUGAAGACAACACGGAUCCAGAGGUUUGUUUCAGAGAGGAAGAACAUUAGAGACGGGAAUAUUGAAGAAGCAGGACAUCAUGCUUAGAAUUAUGGGUACCGUCAACCCAUCUCUUACGCCAUCUUUUAGCCAAUUUCAGUUUGGAAAGUGCUAAAAGAUGUUCCAAGAGGUGGGUUGUCGGUACCUCUAUCUAAUAAAAAGAAUAUAGCACCAGAACGAGAAGUAGUAUUGACUUGUCGAUGCUGUCUGUGCCGCCUAGACGAGAUCCGGAGUAGGGGAUCGGCGCAUGAUAAACCUGGUGGUGGAAUAGCCCCAAACUAAAAUUUCUUCACCUUACCAAUUAUCAUUAUUACGAGAAGGAUAGACUCUGAGCCCGUUCUUGUACGUGUACUUCUGAAAAUAGAAAUAUUGGUCAGCAACUAAUUUUCAUGACUUGCGUUUCUAGUAUAGACUCUCAGCGGAAAAUCUUCAGUAGGAUGCACUGGGAGAAUCGUGCCCAUAUGGAUCGCACCGCUGAAGGGGCUUGCGCCCCUGGUGGUCGAUGCCGCAGCGCCUCUGCCCUUCCACGUGAAUCCUGGCGCGAGGAUGUGCCGCAUAGCACCGGAGCACCUUGCGCGUGGUGUGUGUGUGUUUGUAGCGUCGGCGACUUCCGUUGCGGCCAGAGGCGUGUCGCUGGCCCUCUCCAGUUUCUCGCGUCUCCCUUGGGCGCUCAGGUUCAGGCACUGCUCCCGGACCUAGGUCCGCGGAGAGAAAGCGAGUCGCGCUGGGGCGCCCAGGCCUGGACUCCUUGGCUGAUGCGAUGGGUGUGGCAAUUGUUAUGCCAUUGCGAGCGCCCUCGCGCAUGCGCUUUUCCUGCUUGUGGGGCAGGAGAGUGGUUGGAGCUGCAGAGGGCCUCAGGCAUUUGCCAGUCUCAGGACCCGGAAAAGGCUGGCGUCUGCGUCAGACGCCAGGAUUCUCGAGCGCCUAAGAAUUUCUGAGACCUGGCAAAAGUCUGGCGUCUGCGUCAGACGCCAGGACUUUCCCGGUACGGCUACCGACCCAGUGCACCCCACUGGGCCGGUGCCCGUACCCGUAAAACACCUGGCGUCUGACGCAGACGCCAGACCUUUGCCAAGUCUCAGAACGAAGUUGUGAGGCGUGGCGCGAAAGUCCGAGCGCUUGCCGCACAGCUAAGCUCUCGGGGGCACGAUGAAACUGCGACUACGCACUGCGGCGCCUGUCGUGGCGCUAUCUGUAGCUUCGUCUACAGGUCCGUAGUUGGACGCAUCGGCCGGCGGGCCCUGCAGCCGUGCUUUUGACUCUGGGGGUGAAGUUCACCUGGCAGGCUCGCGUGGCAGCUCUUCGGCCUCUUGCUCUCCGGGGUGUCUGGCCGUGCCUUCUCGUUGGAGUCACAGUUGGUGUGCUGAUGGGGCUUGUCGUUGUUUGCCUGUGCGGCCGGACUGUCUGGCGUCUCUGCGUGGUCAGGGCAGCGCGAAUUUUGUCCUGAUUGCGAGAGGGGUAACGGGUCCAAGCUCGGGAGUUUAUCGAUUUGAAACUAAGGGGGGCUCGCCUAGCUUGAUGGCCCUCUGGGCCGCGGGGUUGCGGUGCUCUGCGUCUACAGCUGUAGUUAGCCCAUCUGCCUCAGUAUUCCUUACUGAAGGUUUUCCGCUGAAAAUGCAUGCAUUUCCCAAAGUCAUGCUAAUUUUUAGAAGCCGAGCGGGAUUGACCGUGAUGCUUGAUGUCGUGGUUUUUUAUCGAUAAAUGAUUAAACUAAAUAUCAUCUUCAUCUUCAAGAAUAGUUAUAGUUAGUAGAAACCUGAAUGUAAGAAAAUAGAAUCAGAUUGUCAAAGCGAAAGAACUGUCACAAUUACGUCGUACUUUUUUUCCACUUGUUGUUCAUGUUGUAUUGUACUUACAAAUCUUAGUCUUUGUUAACACAAGAAAUACAUAAAACAAUACAGUGCUGUUACUUUACAUUGGACCAUAGAUUAUAACGAAAGCAGCUGCAGCCGCCGCGACACUUUCGUGUCUACUUUCAGCGUGAGACGAAGGAUUUUUUUAUUUUUUGUAUGAGCAAGAAUAUCCAGUGGUAUUCACAUUUUACUACGUGGAGUGGUUACACAACAUAAUAAGACUACGUCCAUCCAUCAAAGAACGACAACUGGUAUUUUGAGCAUCAUCUUCUUACCGAAGUAGUUAACCGCCCGUAGGAGCCAUACUGAUUACUUAAAAUAAUUUAUCAUCACGAACAAGAACAAAAAGGCUAUUCCUCGUAGUUCGAUCUGCAGGAGACACCUCCAAGAGAUGCGCUCAAGUGGUUACGCAAAAAAGAUGGCGAAUCACACAAGAAUAAAUUGAUUGUUUUUCGAAAACGACUGUCCCAGUCUGAGACGCUCGGGAUAAGGGUAAAGUAUUGCUUAGUCUCCAUGGUAGUAAGCAUAAGACUGCUCGAGACUUAUGCCUUUGCCUACAAAAAAAUCAAAGCAAGCGAAAGCGAAUCGGGAGAAGCAGCUCCACUUACUUUGAUUUCAUUCAUCAAUUUUACCGAGUGCCUACCUCCCUGUCUCUGACUACAGGCACAUCGUCGUGCGCGAUUUUUACCUUGCUUAUGGUAUCUAUAACUCAUGGUGGCCUUUCGACGUCGUGGCCAAGGCCCGGUUGACUAGCGCAUAUCUACUCGUGAUGAUGCCCGAACAAUGAUUCAGAGAUGAAAGUACAACCUACGCGAUCGUAGCAAUACAUACGAUCAGGCCCCAACUAAAAAAUACUUAAAUAUCCCCGAUUUGAUUUGUGUAAAAACAAAAAAUGAGAAGUCAUGACGACUAGAAAACAAGUCAUUUUUAGAAACUACAAUCGACUUGUUGCCAGCUUUUUUAGUCUGCGCAGGUCCUACACAACUACAUCGUGAGGGCGAUGGUAUUUUACUACGAAGUGCUCUACUGCGUGAAAAUACUCAGCCACGAAACGUCGUGGCCGAUACUGGUAUUAAUUUGUGUGCAGCUGCUUCAGCUUAAUAUUUUGACUUCGUCCACUUCGGCAUGUCAAGUUCGCGCUUUGUCGCAACAAGUCACGACAUGGCCCGCGGCUGCUCUGCAC